AUGUAUUAUAUUUUCUUUAAUAUAGAACUGAUUGCAGAUCUUCUAUUUGAAAAACUUGGUGGCCUACCGUUGGCGUUGGAACAGGCUUGUGCUUCUAUCAAGUACCUUAGGUGCACCCUAUCCGACUAUUUAGAAUCGUACAAUAAACAGUCUCUUCAACUUCUCAAAAAGAAGAAAGCAAGUUCGCCUUGCAGCACAUCUGAAGACCGAUUAGCCGUUCAUACAACAUGGCUGUUGAACUUUGAACAUAUCAGAAAGAAUGAAAAUGGAAUGGUCGCCAUUCGUUUCCUAAACGCUACUGCGUUUAUGAAUCCCAACGAAAUUCAAAAGGAACUUAUUAACGUUGGCGAACCCCAUGUUGAUGACAAAGCAUAUUGUGACCAUGUGAGCUCUUCGUUAGGUUCUCUUGAAGUCCUGAGACUCCUGACUGAUUUUUCGCUCUUUAAGGAAACCUGUAACUCUUCCUUAACAGUUCAUCGCUUAGUCCAAGAGGUCAUUCGAGAAAACCUUGAGCUGGAAGAGAAAGUUGAAAGCAUUGUUGACGCAGCUCGUUUGUUGGGUUUUGCCUUCUUAAAUUGUCCUUCUCCAGAUGAACUUGUAGAAAGUGUAGUCAGUGAAGACAACGAUCGAUCUUCUCUUCAUUCAACUGAUUCUUCCCGCUUCUACAAGUGGCAAAAGAUUUGUUUACAUGCGUAUGAAAUUAACAAGAAUCUCGAAAAGUUUCUAAAUAUCUUCUGUGAUGCAGAACAGAAAACGGUUUUUCUGCCAGAGGUAGCAAGAAUAGUCUAUGAAUGUGCGUUACAUUUGAAUGUGAAUAAUUAUACCAGUCAGGCAAAAACUGUUGCCGAAUUUGCUAAUCGUAUUCUUGACUGGGGUGACGACAAGAUUUCGGAGGAAGGGUUAAAAGUUUUAUUUCCACAUAUCUUUCCUCUAUCUGAAUCUUUUCGAAGGCUUAUUCAAUAUUCCUGUAAGGCUCCACUUGACACAAGCAAUCCUGCUACUUCUAAGGCCUCUGUUAACGAUUCCAUGAAAUCAGAAAUUGAAAAAAUGCGCUUGAAAGGUAACAAUCUUUUCAAGGAAAGUAAUUUCCAAGAAGCCAUGGAAAUAUAUUCCUCCUGUAUCGAUAUAAGCAAAGGAACAGAUUCCUUUGACCCUAAGUUGCUUAACAACCGUGCUUCUGCUUAUCUCAGGUUAAAGCAGUUCAAUAAUGCUGUGAAUGAUGCUGAAGAAUACAUUAAGUAUUCUCCUGAGUGUUGGAAAGGUUAUGCUAAGAAAGCCUUGGCUCUUCAAGGCCUGAAUAAAAAGUGGAAUGCAGUAUGUGCUGCAGCUUUAGCAUUUUAUCAUAAUCGCAAUAUAUUUGAGCACUUUCCACCAUUCCAAACUUCAUUUCCUAAUUUAAAGCAGUCCAUUCAUGUUUGUGAUGACGUAUCUUCACUUGUUUUUUUGCUUUCUCAGUUGCAAUGUGAAACUGUUUCUGAUAUGCCGAGCAAAAUUAUUGUUCUCGAGCCUGGAAAGUAUUGUCUCUCUGCAGAGUGUUUUGACAGGUUUCGAGUUGUUGAAGAUAAAAUCAUCAACGUGAAAGGUUUGCGGAUGGGCGGUUUUUGUCUUGUUGCUGCGAGUGAUGGCUCGCCUGAACUCAGUGUUACGCUAUCUUUCGCUGCAAAUGUUGGUUUGUUUUCUCACAGCGUCAUGGCUGUCAAUAUAUCUUUUAUAUUCGAGUUUGGAAACUGGCAGACCGCGUGCGGGUCUGUAGUUAAGCUUUUCGAAUGUUCAGUCGCCAGUAAUAUAGUGGGGUAUACUUUUGUGUCAGAAGGCAGUUUAAGUGUCAUGAAAUGUCAUUUUAUCAAUUGCAAAGGCACCGCUUUACUCGUUCGCGGGAAUGCUGAUGUUGAAGACUCUGUAUUUUCAGGUAACGAAUCUAUUGGAUUGCAAGUUCUCGGACCUGGAAAUCUUGUGCUGAAGGACUGCAAGCUUCACGGAAAUCAAUGGGGUUUAGAUGUUAAGUAUGCUUCGUGCGAUGCAACGGGUUGUCAAAUUUAUGAUAACAAGAAAAUUGGUGUUGGUGUCGGUAAUGGGCGAGCGAAACUAACACGUAAUGAAAUAUUUCAUAAUGACCGCCAUGGGAUUUAUCUUUGUGAAAAAUCAUCUGCAGUCAUAGAGGAAAAUGAAAUCUUCGAGAACGGCUGGUGGGGGAUUCUCACAAUGAGUAAUGCUUCGUGUCAGGUUUCUCAGAAUAAAAUCUAUCUAAACAAAUGUGGUGGUAUUCACAUUGACCCAAUUAUAAAGACAUCAUCAGAUCACAAACAGUCUAUUAUUGAGUUCAACAACAUUUUCAGCAACCAAGGACCUGGUAUUGACCAAGACAAGCUACAUAAUGAUAAAAUUGGUAGUGCAGUUCCUAGUCUUCAUGUCUUGUUGACAAGCGAAGAGAAUUUCAUGAAAGCAAAAUGCACUGAAAAUACAUCAAAAAAUAACGUAGAAAGAGAAUGUGAGCCACCGUCGCAACAUAUUUCUGAAAUUUGUUUUUUCUGUCAUAAACAAGGCCAAUUAAAGAAAUGUACCAAAUGCUUUACCGCAGGAUACUGCAAUCCAGAAUGCCAAAAAUGUGACUGGAAAAGGCAUAAGAAGAACUGUGCUCGGCUUUUAGAGAAAUACAGCGUUUUGAUAAACAUUCUUCCAUUGUCAUUCGGCUUAAUUGGUGAUAAACAAGUUUUAAAUAAUGGAGUUGAAAUAAAGGCGCCAUUUCCGUGGCUUGAACAAAGUGGUCCGGAAUAUGAAGAAGCACCGAAGUGUGGUAAACGAUUUAUUGUUAAAAUACAAGCGUGUGAUCUUUGGAGGAGAUCGAAUAAUGGAGGCACCCUUCUUGCUAUACAAGAUCGUAGCCUAACAAUUAACGGAGAUCUCGAUGUACACGAACAUUCAGGUCGUAUUUCUCAUCUUGUAAGAGAGUGUGGCUCGAACUGUAACAGUGAGGGAUGGAAGAAAAAGUUUUUUUGGGCUCUGCUAGCAGAAGACGAGAUGGUUCGUGUAUUUAUUAGUGAUUUUCCAACUUAUCAACGUUGGUAG